GCAAGCUCUAGUCUCCACAGAAACUUUGAUGAUAAACACGUCAUAGCUGCGCGACAAGCACGCUUCCUUCCAUAUGAUUGUUGUCAUAGCAACUGGCUGUGACGCCUGGUGUAGAUGCGCGCGGGAAGCUAGAGCUAGGGGUUAGUGAGAUUCUGUGUUUUGACAGAGGGCCACGUGACUCACAUAUACCAGAAGAAAUGCGAUUAAGCAAGGCACAAUAUAAUGAGAUUGCCCUGUUCAUCUCCACCUUGAAUCCCACUCGACAAUGUAUGACACGUUUAAAGGAGAGAUUCCCAUGUCAAUCGCCGUCCACUCUGCUGAGCAUCUUCUCCCAGGAGUACCAGAAACUAAUUAAAAAGACGCAUGCCAAGCACCACACUCCUGAGGCAGUUGACUUUUACUAUAAUAGGUACCUUAAUCAAGUGAAAAAACAUCCUGGAUCACCUGUCUUAUUGGAUUUAGCUAAUGAGGUGGAUUUCUCCCCAGCUCUCAUGGCACGUACCAUACUAGAGAGGUCCCUCAAAGAUCAGGAUGGGCUCACACCAACGAAACCAAUACUGAACAGCAUGCUGCGUGACCCUUCACUGAUCCCAGAUCCUGUUUUAGCCAAUCAAGUCUAUCAGUGUAUCAUCAAUGACUGCUGUAAUGGGCCAUUGGUGGAUUGCAUCAAACAUUCUGUUGGAUUUGAGCAUGAAGUUCUGCUAAGGGAAAAACUUGUGGAGAGAAACCUGGCUUUUUUAGAUGAAGAUCAACUGCGUGUCAAAGGUUACGAUAAGACUCCUGACUUUAUUUUGGAAGUACCAGUUGCUGUUGAUGGACAUGUAAUUCACUGGAUUGAGAGCAAAGCCUCCUUUGGAGAUGAAAGCAGUCACCGUACAUAUCUACAAGACCAGUUCUGGAGUUAUUGGAACAGAUUUGGGCCAGGCUUGGUGAUAUAUUGGUAUGGGUUUAUUGAAGAACUGGAUUGCAAUCGCCAGAGAGGUAUUCUGCUGAGUGAUGAGUUCCCCAGCAAUAUUACAACCCUGCAAGACUGCAGGUCUGAGGAGGAGCGAGGCCAGGGGCACAGCGAGAAGAGCAACCAGAACACUGCUGCAAACAGUGGGACUGCAGAUAAGCAGCCUCUUACAAAUGCUGUAUGACCCCAUUGUUACUUUCCCUAUUUCCUCACUUGCUAGCAGCAUUACCUCUAGUUUACAGAAUGAUGUUCUAGCAAAUCUUCUGUACAAUGGCCUAGGAGAGGACAAAUGAACAAAGAGAAGGAAGAGCUAGAACACUAAAACAUUUCUGAUUCAGUAAUACAUUACCUAUAGGUUUUUUAUCACAGGGGCAGUAGACGGCAGAACACAACAUGAUUUGAGAUGUAUGAUGUUUGAUUUUGUUUCCUAUCUCUUCCAGAUGAGUCCUGUUAAAGUAAAACAUUCAUUUUCAGUGUGUAUUGCUGAGUACCUUAAUACUACCUAACUGUGUUAUCCGUGGCAAUCUAACUCCUGAUAUUGUUACCACAAAUCCCCUCAUUAGAUGUGUUGGUAAGAAAACUUUCUUGAUUUUCUUUGUAGUCUCAGGUGGAUUUCAGAUUCUUUAACAUGAAGUAGGUUUUGGUGAAUGUCCCAGAGUUAACAUCCCCGUAACACAAUGUUUUAUAAAUAAAAUACAUUUUAAUAUU